CGCACUCGCACUGCACCUCGCCUCUUCCUCCCGUCCUCCCGCCCGCCGCUGCCGCCGCCAGCCAUCCUCCCCGUCCAUCGCCGCCACGCCAUCGCUGGCACCUACCCGAUGCGUGGGCGCUGCGGGUCAACCGCGUCGAGGAGAUGGGCGCCACGCAGCGGUCGCCGGAUCCGUUUUGCUACAAGUCUGGGCGCGUCGGAUCCGCUGCUCCUCCCGCCCCGCCGCCCACGACCCCCUCUCCCGCAACUCCGGCCAGCCGCCGUCGAGAGGUCAACUCUGGCCGCCUCCACCACCACCCAUUGGCAGGAGCGCACCUCCCCCUCCCCCGCUACUCCUCCUCUAUCACGUGUUCAUCACGGGAGGAGCAGCGGAUCUGCCUGGUGGCGUCGCCGUCGGCUGAAGGAGUGGCAGACCAUGGUCCUCGAGUUACUGCACCUCCGGGAAGAAGACGACCUGAGGGGCAGAGAUGCAGUCCUCCAGAGUUGUUGGGAAGAAGAAGAUGGAAAAAUAGAGCAAUUUCUGUUUAUUCUCAAGUUUGGUUAUCUCCAUGGGGAGUCCUUGCUGUGUUAUGGCUCGACCGUGCAGCCCUGCGUCCUCGAGCAGGAGCAACUGAUUCCCAAGCUGCCGGUGCUUUGUUCGACAAGGAGCAUGUCGCCGUCACCUUGGGUGCAGCCGUCCGGUGGAAGGCGCUCUGCCUUUUUCAGAAGGCGAGGAGGAUCGGCGGAUCCAGCCCCCCCUCCUCUCCAGCAGCUCGGCGGAGACAAAAGAGGAGGUCACCGGGAGAUGACGAAAGAUCAAAGGAGGAUGAUUUGCAAGGUCGAUCGACAUAUGCGACAAAGAUCCUGUUGUGCACAAGCAUACUCCAUACCUUGUUAUCCUCGUGAGGCUUGCAGAAAAAUGGGUCGAUGCGCCUGAUGGUCAGUGACCUUCGUCCAGGCAAGAGAAAAGGGAAUUUAAGGACCUAAUUCGAGCCGUAUGCUUAAACCGCGAGUCAUCCAAGAAGUGGUCCAGUUUUACACAGUGCUCCUAAUAGUACAAUUAAGGAAAAACAGUUAACUCCCUCAAUGAUUUGGCCCUUGACUCCCUCUCAAUAUGGUUUCCCGAUGCAUAAUGGACUACCAAACAAUGUUAAGGAGCCAUAGGUAAGCAAGAAUUCACAAUUAACAGUCCUUGUGGCAUUUACAUACAUGUUGGGUUCAGAUAGACAUAUGAAAUACCUUGAUGCUGACCCUAACAAGCCCAACUAGACCAUAUGAACAUGCAGCAACCAAGAUGGUAUUUGCACUUCUGCAGAUACUAUCUAAUUUCGAUAAAGAACUCUCUGGAAGCUGCAUUGGUGGAAAUUUGGUGCAUACUUCAUAUAGAUGUUCUUCUAGAAUGUGCAUUUUAGGAUCAAGCAUUUUCUUGAUUUUCAUAUUGAAGAACAAGCAUUUUCUUGAUUUUCUUAAUAUGGAGCUUUGACCAUCUCUUUGGUGACCAGUUUGGAUAAUUUUAUUUAUAGCACCCACGCAAUUUUUGUUUCUUUCUGUAUAUUAUCAGUCUUCUCAAAAAUUGAAGGAUUGGUAAGCCUUUUGGUACUAUAUAUUUUUAGUCCAUGUUAGGAUAUCUGUCUAUUGUAGGUGAACUGGAGCUUCCACUUUUAUCAAUGUUGCUUGUGUAAAAUAUAGACAUAGCUUUUCAGGCAAUUCUGCUUUGUCAUGGAGAUGAAAAGUAAUUAUUUUGGUGUGGUCAAUCAAUUGUUUUGCUGGGUGAGAUAUAUCCCUCUCUUUGUUUUCUAUUUGUCAGGUUUCAUUUGAUUGAGGUUUAUAAGACAAGAUCGCAAGUUGUAGAAAGGAUGUACAUAUAUGUACUUUUCUGUAUAGGUCUUGCCCUGUGAAAUUAUGUAGUAGUGUUUGUACUUUUUUUUUCUUAUAUCAUGGUGUCGCCUGUGAGUGUUCCCAAUAGUGUGGACUAAGUAUGCAGCAAUAGUGUGAAUCAAUCUACACUUGCAGCAUGACUGUUUUUCCGCCCUGGCCUUUUUAUUUAUGUGAUAGAACUUUCUUUAGCAAUACACCAAUUCAGAAUAUUCAUAUAUUCUUUUCUUAGUCAUUUUCAAUUUUUAUAUGUUGGCGAAGAACUUACUUUAGCAGCAUAGUGCUAACAAACUUACUUAGGCUAUCAAACAGUGUACAACUAAAGUGAAUUCAAUUAGCUGGCUUGUUUGUAAUCAGUGGUCUAGGUAGGUUGCAAGGAAGAGGGCUUUUGUAUCAUUCUUCUUUUGAUUUUUUGGAUCAGUGGUCUAGGUAGAUUCCAAAGACGGGGAUUUUUGGUGUUGGCUUCUUUGGAAUUAGUGGUCUAGCUAGGUUCCAUGGAGGAGGGAUGUUUGUUUGUAUGUUGGAUACAAAAGUAUCAAGUAUCAACUUGAUCUACAUCUGCUCUUUUGCUUUUACAUGGCUCACACGGUCAUGUUAUGCAGCUUCAGAAGAGAUUGCAGAUCAUAAGCUUGCAAGGAUAAUUGGUUAGUGACUCUUUAUCUUUGAGGUUCACCAGGAUCACAUUGCAGGUAUAACCUUCAUCUCUCUUUCAAAAACAUGCAUCUUUUUGUUUUGUAUAAAUAUAUGAUUGCUGUUUUGUGAGUGUGCUGCUGCGCAUUGCUUAUAUAUUGCUAGAUCUUCUAUGAUUUAAAGUGAAGAUGAGUAUGUUCCUUGCAUCUCAGCGUUUCACCAUUUCCGCUUUAGCAGGAUAUACUGAGGAAAUGCUCUUAUCUUGCUACAUGUUGUCUUCACUGUUUUUCUUAAAAGAACAAGAUGCUUUCUUUGAACGUGCGUUAAUUAUAUAUUAUUUACUCACACUUGAUAAAUAUAUAUGAUAUUUUGAGUAAGAAUUGAAUCUGAACGUGUGCUCUUGUCCAAAAAAGAGAGCAUGAAAUGAUAUAUUUUACCUAUGAAUCCUCUUCAUGUAUAAAUAAGCAUGCAGACUAUUUUUGAUGUCCUCAUAACCUGUUAUUAUAAACCAUAUAUGAUUAGAAGACAAGAAAGAAUGGCAAAGAGGCACAAGAUUCUCAUGCCAAAGAGAUACUCCUCACUCAAAGGAUUUUGACUGACGAGUCCAGGUUUGGUACUAAUUAUGAUCACUUUUAGGUCCAUUUGCAGGUUUGGUUUGAUUUUCCUUUAUGAUGCAGCACCAUCAUUUGGACUUACAACUCUGAACCAGUAUAUGAAGAAAUUUAAAGUUCUGGAUAUAUAUUCCAAUGAUGCAGUGUAAGAUCCAUUCUCAGCAAUCCUUUCUACUUUGGUUUUCGAUGUGAUGCCAUUGCUCGACUCCUCCCUUCUAUUGGAAACCAAUAGCUUGGCAUUUACCUCCUGGUUAUGCCAAAAACUUUAUAAUAUUCGAUUUGAAUAAUUUUGUUGCAGUGUCAUGUAGUAUUAUUCUUGUGAGAAUUCAGUUGCCAGAACUCUCUGUUUCUGAUGGUUUUCAACCAUGUUCGACUACUUUGCAAAUUAUUUUGUUCCUGCUGCUACAACAUAAGAAGAGAUAAGUGGAACUGCCCCGGCGAGCUAAGCUGAUUUUGAGAUUUUCCAACAUUUAUACAUGUUCAUAUCUAAUAUUUUUGGACAUCCUUUUUGGUUUGAUCAAAUAGUGGUAUGAUAGUGUUAUUAGUGUUAUUUGUUUCCAUUCUAGGUUCACUCAUCUCUUUAGAAUUCUAUCAACAGGUCUUUCGGACAACACCUCGACAAGCAAGAUCUUCAGACAGAGCUAUCCAAUACACUGCCCAUAUGACAGAAGAACACUAUAUAUCUGUUCUCUUAGGCUACUGUUAGGACUUGCUUUUGGUAUAUCAUGUGACAUUUUGCAUGACAUCCUCAAAGUGAUGUAAUUAACCAAACCAUCACUGCUAUUAGGGCUUAGUCCUCCUAUAUCUUUCUUUUAGAAAUUCAAAUGAUGGAAUAAAUGGUCUAUAUUUCCUUUAGUAUGUGGAAUAUAUUCUGUAUAACCAGUAGUGGACUGGGUGGGUGCUGCCAUCGUGCUUUGCUAAUCAUGUAACAUCCUGAAUCGAAUAUGAAUUGUGUUCUACCAAGUUGGAUAUAACUGUCACUGCAUUGUAAAUAAGUUAUUGUGUGAUGCCAUUCUUUUUUUGCUUUUGGUAUGAUGUUCUAAACGCACGCACUUUUCCUUUCCAUCAUGUCAACCUAUCAAAGUUGAAACUGUCAA